GCCACGAAUCUUAUCGAAAUUUACGUUUUCUUUUAUUCUUUACCAAUUUGUUUUGUAGCUUAUUAAACCAGUGGUUCUUAAUCGGUAUUAACAAUGGAUUGUAAUCAAGUCAGACAAAAGUUUAUAGACUUUUUCAUGAAAAAAUAUAAUCAUGAAUUCGUUCCAUCUUCAUCAGUUAUUCCCUUGGAUGACCCAACUUUAUUAUUUGCUAAUGCUGGUAUGAAUCAGUAUAAACCAAUUUUUCUGGGAACUGUUGAUCCUAAUAGUGACCAAGCCAAAUACAAAAGGACAUGUAACUCGCAAAAGUGUAUCCGUGCCGGUGGCAAGCACAAUGAUUUGGAUGAUGUUGGUAAAGAUGUUUACCAUCACACUUUCUUCGAGAUGUUGGGUAACUGGUCUUUCGGAGAUUAUUUCAAGAAAGAAAUCUGCAAAUGGGCUUGGGAACUUUUAACCGAAGAGUAUGGAUUAGAGAAAGAUAGACUUUAUGUAACUUAUUUUGGUGGAGCACCUCAACUAGGUUUAGAUCCUGACGAAGAGUGUCGAUCUAUUUGGGUUGAUGAUGUUGGUGUUGAUCCAUCUAAAGUUAUUCCUGGAAGUAUGAAAGACAAUUUUUGGGAAAUGGGUGAUACAGGUCCUUGUGGUCCAUGUAGUGAAAUUCAUUUUGACAGGAUUGGUGGUCGUAAUGCAUCAGAUCUGGUCAACAUGGACGAUCCUGAUGUGCUCGAGAUUUGGAAUCUAGUUUUUAUUCAAUACAAUCGGGAACAAGAUACUUCCCUUGAACCCUUGCCUAAACAGCAUGUCGAUACUGGUAUGGGUUUCGAAAGAAUUACUUCUGUAAUUAAAAAUAAACGUUCCAAUUAUGACACCGAUAUUUUUGUACCAAUUUUCGAGGCUGUUUCCCAAAUGGUUACUUUUUCCCUGAUUACGGAUGGAGGAAGACUAGACAACGUUGGUCGUGGUUAUGUACUCAGGAGUUUAUUGCGUCGAGCUGUUCGUUAUGGUACAGAAAAGCUUGGUGCUAAGCCAGGAAUGUUUGCUUCUCUUGUACCAGUUGUCGUGGAAAUUCUAGGUUACUUUUUCCCGGAGAUGAAAAAAGAUCCGCAAACCGUGAUGGACAUAAUUAAUGAAGAAGAGACACAAUUUCUCAAAACAUUGUCAAGAGGUCGACAUUUGCUUGAGCGAACCAUUGCAAAACUCGGUGACUCUAAAAUCCUUCCUGGAGAUAUUGCAUCAAUCAUCAUUGGUAGUGCCCUUUUUACAAUUAUACUUGAGACCAAAGUUUUCAGUAUUAAUAAGUGCAACAAUUCCUGAUUUUAA